AUGGACCCUGAUGGCUUCUCGGCAAGCUUGUUUAAGUGGGAUCCAAGGAGUGUCAUGCCACCACCGACAAGGUUUCUUGAAGGUGUGGCGGCGGCCUUGCCUCCCCCGCCGCAAACAAUGUACUCCGUGAGGCCAAGAGAGUUAGGUCUCGGAGGGCUAGAGGAGCUGUUUCAAGCUUAUGGGAUAAGAUAUUAUACAGCUGCAAAGAUAGCUGAAUUGGGAUUUACUAUGAACACCCUUUUGCACAUGAAAGAUGAGGAGCUUGAUGAUAUGAUGAAUAGCCUUUCUCAAAUUUUCAGGUGGGAUUUACUCGUUGGAGAGAGAUAUGGAAUCAAGGCAGCUGUUAGAGCUGAACGCCGACGCCUUGAGGAGGAGGAAUCAAGGCGGCGCCAUCUCCUCACUGGCGAUACUACUAAUACCCUCGAUGCACUGUCCCAAGAAGGAUUGUCUGAGGAGCCGGUGCAGCAAGAGAAGGAAGCUGGGGGGAGUGGUAGCGGUGCUGCAGGAGGGCAGACAUGGGAGACAGUUGGGAAGAAGCAGGGACGAAAGAAAAAGGGGAGAGCUAGCAAAAUCUUGACAUCAAUCGAGGAUGAAGAUGAAAGUGAGGGAGCUGAGGAAGAUGAAAAUGGUAGUGGAGGAAGCGAGAGGCAACGUGAGCAUCCCUUCAUCGUUACAGAGCCUGGGGAGGUGGCUCGAGGGAAGAAGAAUGGACUGGAUUAUCUCUUCCAUCUCUACGAGCAAUGUCGUGAAUUCUUGAUCCAAGUUCAGAAUAUUGCCAAAGAAAGAGGUGAAAAAUGCCCUACUAAGGUGACGAAUCAGGUGUUCAGGUAUGCAAAAAAGGCCGGUGCAAGCUACAUUAACAAGCCGAAAAUGAGGCAUUAUGUACAUUGCUAUGCAUUGCACUGCCUGGAUGAGGAUGCGUCCAAUGCACUGAGAAGAGCUUUCAAGGAGCGAGGAGAAAAUGUGGGAGCAUGGAGGCAGGCUUGUUACAAGCCUCUCGUAGCCAUAGCAGCACGACAAGGGUGGGAUAUUGAUGCCAUCUUUAACGCACAUCCACGGCUCUCCAUCUGGUACGUUCCCACCAAGCUCCGCCAACUUUGCCAUGCUGAACGAAGCAAUGCUGCUGCGGCUUCCAUCUCCGUCACCGGUGGUGGCGGUGGCCACACUGCCCAGCUGCCUUUCUAG